AGGGAUUAGCUGUGACACAGCAAAAAUAGGAUUUGGAUGGAAUCAGCUGUUGUUGUUACCAUCAUUAGUGAUAAUGUUGUGUACUGUUGCAUAACUACACUUUAAUCAGACUGACUUAUUCCGGUCUGUAGGAAAUCUUGUCUCGUUUGGCCAGUUAUGUUAAAGUCAUGCUGUUUUGGUUGGCAAAAAUCAGUUUUACUCUACCAACACCAUAACUACUCUUGGUAGUUAUGGUGUUGGUAGUGUGACCUUUCAAUGAGUAUUCCAGGGUAAAAUCUAGUCACUCUCAGCAAGACACCAAUUAAUGCUUAUAACUAUUAAUUACUGGCUAAUAUGCCGUGAAUACACAUAUGGUUCAGUCGUGUGAUUUCCGAACUAUUAACUGCACCCACUAAAUUUAAGAAGGAAAAUAUGUCCUGUUCAUACAUAAACCUCAGCUGUCUAUCAGCAGUGGGUGCAGUGCUGCUUAAAAAUGCACAAGGAUCACUUCUAAACUAGUUCUGAAAACAGGGUCCGGCAUGUAGACUCAUGAAACAAACUCGGCAAUGUUCUGAACUUGAAUCAUGAACUCCUUACAUCUUUUUAUCACAUUAAAGCGUGCAAAAUGUGCUGUUCUCGUGUGCAUGUUCAAAGUUCUGACACCACAGUCGGUCCCAGCUGCUGCUUUUUGUCUCCGGUCCUCCAGGAGAUCGGCUCUGUUGGCGGAGAUGUGGACACGCAGGCGAAAAAUAGCACAUUGUGAACACUUGAAGGUCAAUAAAACGCCUGCAAUUUCAUCAGUUUAAUGUGACCAAGCUCAAUAUUUUGGCAGCAUAACGAUCUUUAGCCUCCAAAAAUCCAUACACUGUAUUAGCCAUGUUGUUUUAUACGAAAAAAAGUAGGAGCUUAUUGUCGGUAAUCUCAACAUUUUAAGAGCAUGUUCUGUUGGUCUUUCUGUGAUUUUCUGGGCAAUGAAUGACGUUUAAAGUGCUUUUGCCAAGGUCUACUUACAAUCAGAUUCAGAAUCAAAUUUAUUGCCAUGGUCAGUGGGGAUCCCACCAACUAGGACAGUGUUUUGGAAUGCUGACAUAAAAUAAAAUAAAAUAGUACAAAAAUAAAAUAAAAUAAAAUAAACAACAACGGUUGUUCACAAAUUCAACAGUCUGACGGCCGAGGGGAAGAAGCUGUUCCUGUGACGGGAGGUUCUGGUCUGGAUGGACCGUAGCCUCCUGCCAGAGGGAAGAGGAACAAACAGUCUAUGACCAUGGUGAGAAGGGUCGGCUCUGAUCCCACCUGCACGUCUCUGGGUCCUGGAGACAUACAGGUCCUGAAGAGGUGGCAGGCUGCAACCGUUCACCUUCUAAGCAGAACAUACGAUGCGCUGCAGUCUGAUGCGGUUCUAACUGUCAGGAAGUCAGCCGUUCACUCACACACACCCAGUUCAUGCCCAGCCGGUGUCACAGUGUUCAUGGAAAUAGUGUUACUGAUACAGCCGCUCUCUGGUGAGUUCUGUUAUGACUGUGGUGCUGGUGUCCAGGGUCAUUGAGAAACAUGUGUCCACACGCAGUCCUGCUGUGAUUGUGUGGCUGCUAUUUGUUUGAAUUCACUUGUGUGUAUUUCUCCAUGUCACUUUGGUUGAUGGUAUGUGUGUAAGUGCGUGUUAAUCAUGUGUGGCAGAACCGAGCAGCCGCAUGGGGUCAGCAGUCAAAGCCAGGCAUCACUCAUGGGAUGACGGUGGGCGGAGUUAGCACAGCGACACAAAAGCUAGCGCAACAUUGUCCUUGUGGGACGAGCUAUCACUCGCUGCUAAUGAAAAGUGAGUUGGUUUAUUACCAGGGAUGACCUGUCAUCUUUCGUCUGGCGAGCUGGCUCCAAAUGAGUUUGCUUGCUUGUUACUGUUUCACCGCUGGCAGAUGGUGGUCCUCAGGCAGGAUGUUUGUCCAGCUGAGAUGGCCUGUUUGAUGUGUCUGCGCGCCAGAAAAGCAGGUGCAGUCUGAUACCUGAUAUUAUUUAACAGGGUUGGAUGGAUUUCCUGCCUGCCCCAGCCUCAGUCAAUUGAAUAAGGCUAUCUGGCUUUACUUGUUUCAUGAGGCCAUCACAUACAAAUAAUGUGGUUAUCCACAUUAUGUUACUGCGAUGUGCUGGGAUCACACUUUAGUCAAAACAUCUCACCCCUUACUCAGGUUAAAAAUCGUCCCCAUUUCUUGAUUCUCUUGCUGUCGGUCAGUUUAAAAACAUUUAGUUCAUCUUGUUCACGGGCUGUGAUCAAUCACAAUUAAUAAGUAAUUGGAAAUCACGUGAUCCUUUCACUUUUGACUGUAAAUGAUCUUAGCUAACACAGUUAGCUAGAUAUUAGGGAUGCAAAUCAUGGCCCACGUCGAUAUAUAGCAAGACAUGUGUGCAUCGCAAAAUAUGACAAGCUAGCAAAUACAUAAACAUGCAUUAAUGCAGGAUUUCUCAACGUAUUCAAUGCUGCUAUAAGUGAUAACAUCACUAUUUUGUAUUUAAACCUGGGCUUUCUUUUUUUUUCUUUUGCUAAAUAAUCAUUUAUUCUGUGGUAAAUCAAAACAAAAAAUUCAGUGUACCUCCUUGUGUCAUUGUGUUCAACUUAACUGGAAAUAAAUCCAAUUUGUUUUAACAAAGAAUAGAAUAAAUUCCUAACUUUUAGGAGCCGUCUUUGCUACUUUAAAAUAAUAAUAAUCCUCUUCUUCUUUUCCUUUGGGCUUCUCUCUUCAGGGGUGGCCACAGCAGAUCAUCUUCCUCCAUCUCACCCUGUCCUCUGCUUCCUCUUCUCUCAAACCUGCAAACCUCAUGUCCUCCUUCCGCACCUCCAUCAAUCUCCUCUUUGGCCUUCCUCUCCACCUUCUGCCUGGCAGUUCCAACCUCAACAUCUUCCUUCCAAUGUGCUGGCUAUCUCUCCUCUGUACAUGUCCAAACCAUCUCAGUCUAGCCUCUCUGACUUUGUCUCCUAAACACCUGACAUGUGCUGUCCCUCUGAUAUACUGCUUCCUGAUCCUAUCCAUCGUGCUCACUCCCAGAGAGAACCUCAGCAUCUUCAUGUCUGCUACCUCCAGCUCUGCCUCCUGUCUUUUCCUCAGUGCCACUGUUUCCAAACCAUACAACAUUGCUGACCUCACCACUGUUUUGUACACUUUCCCUUUCCUUGCCGACACCCUUAAAUAAUAAUAAUAAUAAUAAUAAUUCUGUAUUGAUUCAAAAAUAAAUAAACCAAUAAACUUCAGGGAUUCUUUUGUCAAGAACUGAGGGUGAAACCUGUGUUCCCCCAGUGUCAAGUUAGAGUGUUCCCAGUGUUCAUGAUUUUAAACUGUCUUGGGAUGUUGUUUGCCAAUAUUUGCCCUGUAAUGGACUGGUGACCUGUUCAGGGCGUACACUGACUGUAAAUGAAUACUGACUCGCAUUAUCGAUCGAAGGAGAUUUGACAUUAUCUGUAAUCCUUUACGCACUUCUUAACUUCGCACUGGUGGCGGUUUCAGGUCAGUCUAACACUGUUCGCACGAAAGCCAGCUCAUGGCUCUCACGACAUUGUGUGUAUUCACCACCACAUUAUAGACCACUUCCUCACGGCAUACUGAAGUGCACCAUAGAAGCAUCUGCACUGGGUGUAAGAGAGCAUCUCUCUGGGUGCAGUGUGAGUGCAAAGGUUAUAGUUCCCCUCGAUGCAAAUGUUCAAAAUAGGUAAGUGAUUUAACUGGUGAUAAUGAUAAGUGGUGCGAGCGGCAUUACCAUCUUUGCCGUUUGCUUCUGCUUCUCAAUUGCAUCGGAUGUUUUGGACACAUCCUUGUCCACAUUUGUCCUGUUAGUUAUGUAGCAUGUAGCAUGUUCACUUUUAGAAAUGUUAUUAGUUUCUUAUAAUACAGUAGGCUACAAUAGGUCUCCUCUUAUUGGCCAGUUCAUUUGGCCAUGAAAACGUCAUCUCAGUCAGAGCAGGCUACACUUGUGAAGUAAAUCGCUGAGCCUCAUCUCAACCGGAGCCGGAACAACUGAGGCAAGUAGCUGAGAAGAAGCAAAUGUUCUAAGAUCUAUUGUCUCCAGCAAAGUCUGUCGGAGAGGCAUUCUAGCCAAUCAGAAGCAAGAGUGGCCUUACCGUCCUCUAUUAACCUGAGAUUCGCCAACAGGUCAAAGGGUGCUGCUGUCACGCUACAGUUUUUCGCAUUUCACCACAGGGUCUUGAAGCCGUAUGAUCGCCUAUAAUUUCCAAACAGGAAAGAAUAUUGAACAAGUUAAUUCUGAAAUGAUUGUGUCUCACCACACAUGGGGUAUGUGGUGUACCAACAAACAAUUUAAGAGAAAAAAAGAGUUGCAAAGUGGUCUGUCUAUGAUAAGCGAUGACUGGACGAAAACACUGUGUGAACAAAACUAUCAAGAGAACACACUUUCAAGAUUUCUAACCUUCCUCAUCUUGUACAGUUUUAGCCUGCAAAAUAGUCUUCAACAUCCUGAGCCCAGCAAUGCUGAAACUCACCUUUUUGUCUCGAUAUGUGCCCUAACUUCACUGACAAAUAUGAUAGAGAACAAAAAACAGGCCCAGGUGCCGGUGCCUGGUUCCCCCAUGCCUAUGACCUCUUAUUUUGGUAUCGCUCCACUAAUCUCCAGGAGUCCAGGAACAUUAGAUCAGAUUAGAUUACCGGUUGGUGCAAACAAUAUUUCAGUACAACACCGGUGAUGUUGUAGUGUCAUGGACGUGUUUUCCAGUUUAAUAUGGAGUGGAAACUUCUUUAAAACAUUUAUUUUUGAGUGUUGUUUAAUUAAUACUUGACAGAAUCCCAAAGCUUUGUGCAUAGUCCAUGUGUGUGUACAUAUGUGCACAUAGAGAAAUGUUAUUGCAGGUGGUCAUCAGGACACUUCACCUGAAGCCCUUGAAGGCCAGGAUUUAAAUUUAACAACUGCAGUGACCAGUUUCAUUUUCUUGUUCAUCUCAAAAGUGGUUUUAAGUUAAGCACACCUUUUUGUAGGAAGCGCUUUUUUUCAACUCCAUGACGUGUAACUGAGCAUUUGGAUGGUAUACAACUAAAGAAGGGGUUACAAAAAAGCAACCCUGAAGCUCUGAAAAAUCCAGCUGGAAUUUUUCUUUUCUUUGCCCUGGAGUUACUUCCACACCCGGGGAGAACUGGUUAGUCAAUGCCUCAGUGAGACAGGUGAUCCGUCACGCGUGAAAGACAGACACACAUUAGAGCACAGAAAACUGCUGAGUUGGGAGGUCAACAACACAUUACAUUCUGAAGUAUUCACUGAGUUGUGUGCACUUUUUUCCCAAUGUAAACUUAAAAAAAGAUAUUUUGUGUUGAUGUACUUAUUCUGGUUUUAUUUAUUCUGCUCUCAUGCAUCUUUGCUGGUUCGAGAACUGCUGUUAACCAAAGCAUGUGCUACGUUUAGGAUCUUGCUGAUCGAUGUGUGUUUACUAAACUAACUUUUCUAGCUCUAGAUGCACAUUUAUUAGAUAAACUUUCCAGAAGGUGACUAGUUGAGCCAAUACUACAGAGUUCACCUGGGUGUGUUCGACAUGUCAGGUUCAGAUUUCGUGUUCAGCAGUGGGGCAAAUUUCAACAUGUCCUCUGAGGAGGAAUGCAGUUACCUGUUCCCCCCUUGUCUACCCUUUCUCUGCUCCUGACAGGCGGUUUAUGAGGAGGUGUUGAGCGGACAAAAGAUACGAGGGGAAGAGAAGUUGCGGCCUUCCUCCACAGUCAUCCAUCUGUGUGGUGUAACUCCUCGUGGGAGCCCCCAAAGAGAAAGCUCUUUCUUUACCAAAUGUUAAUGAGACCGGUGACAUUUACUCCUGCCCCGUCACCACCAGCAGAGACGACUGCACCAGAAUGGGCCUCGUCAAAUCCACGAACCAGGAGGAGAUAGUGGAAGGCAUGUGGCUGGGAGUGACCGUGGCCAGCCAGAGAGGACUGGGCAAAGGACGUGUGCUGGCAUGUGGCCAUCGCUACGUGACGGUAAAGUCGGCGAGUCAGCACAGUAUGAUCGGGAAGUGCUACGUGAGAAGCAACGAUCUGACCUAUGACCCCAAUGAUGAGUGGCAACUGUUCAAAUAUGAGUUCUGUGAUCCCGCCCAAGACGUGGGGGGCGAGGGGAUGUGCAACAUGGGCAUCUCCGGCGGCAUGACAGAGAGCGAUGUCUAUCUCGGCGCCCCCGGCAGCUACUUGUGGCAAGGAAAUGUCCAUGCGAUCUGGAGAGAUCCGGUAAAUGAGUGGGACUCUCGCACCUCACACUUUGAAUCGAUGAAGCGCACAUACAACUACAUAGGCUACUCAGUGGUGGAAGAGCUGAAACUGCUGAGUCGUGAUGAGUACACGGUGGUGACGGGCUCGCCAAGAGACGAAGCUAAGGGGUCUGUGAUGUUCGGGAUGAGGAAGGGCCAGAUAUUUGAACCAACGCUCAUCCUCCGUGGUGAACAAGUGGGAUCAUACUUCGGGAACUGCCUCGCUGUCACGGACCUUAACAAUGAUGACUGGAAUGACGUCAUUGUUGGCGCUCCCUUUUAUUUUGAUCGCACCAAGGAUGUGGAGGGUGCGGUGUACGUCUAUAUGAAUGAGAAUGGAUCGUUCCAGAAGACAGCCACCAUGGUGCUGAAAGGACCCAGAAAGUCAGCUUUCGGCUUUGCGGUGGCUGCGAUAGGUGAUGUCAACCAGGAUGGAUUCCAAGAUUUUGCAGUGGGAGCUCCAUUCCACAAAUCCGGGAGGGUCUAUAUAUGGUCGGGCAGCGAAAAGGGAAUCUCACAAAAACCCAGUCAGGUGAUAGUUGGGGAGUCUGUGGAAAAGAGGGGAUUCAAGACGUUUGGCUACUCCAUUAGCGGCGGCAUGGACAUGGAUGAGAACAGUUACCCUGAUAUCUUAGUCGGUUCCCUGGAUGACCGCAUUGCUUUGCUCAGGGCCAGACCCGUCAUUCACCUCCAGAAAGACUUCACAGUUGAGCCAGAAAUUAUCAAUCUCAGUGAGUGUUCAGGAAACAGACCAUGCGUCAGAGCAAAUCUCUGCAUGUCCUUCACGCUCAGCAAUGGAAACAAGAACUUCAAGAAAGACAUCACGGUGAAUUACACCGUGGAGGCUGACAUGGACAGGCGACGAAGCCCAAGAGUUCGCUUCCUUCUGAAUAAUGAUGACACCUAUUCAGGAGUGUUGACUCUGCCGUCCUCCAAAAUUCAGUGCCAUGUUCUCCAAUUGACUGUUGUGUCCCCGGUCACUGACAAACUGGAGCCAGUGGCCUUCUCCAUCAGGAUGGGCCUACAAGAACCGACACCUAAAGUCCGACGCUCCAUGCAGAACCUGGACGCCUUCCCCAUCCUCAGCCCGGAUCAGAAACUCACUCAAAGGGCUGAGAUUAACUUCCCGAAGGAGUGUGGUGACGACAACAAGUGCACCAGUAACCUCCAACUGACAGCCCAGUAUACCAACAACAGAGAGAAGCCGUAUCCAAGGCAGGGGAAAAAACAGGUCCUGCAGUUUAACAGCAACAUUAAAAUUAUUUGGCUGAAGGUGGAAGUGACUAACUUUCCGACGGGAGGCAAAAAGGCUGAGGACGCCCACCAGGCCGCUCUGAACGUGACCAUCCCCGACGCGCUCACCUACUCUGGUGUCCGGGCUGAGUCUAUCGAUGUAGAAUGCGUCUAUACUGGAUCAGUCAUCUGCGAGUUGGGAAACCCACUCGAGGGCAAUGACAAAGUCACAUUGUCAUUGAGGUUUGAGACGUCCAAUAUUAAUUUGUUGACAGAGGAGAUUGAGACGACGCUGCUUCUAUCCACUCUGAGCGAGCAGAUGGACCUGAGGCCGGUGUCUGUGGCUCUGCUGAUCGAGAACACCAUCUUCCCCUCCUUCUCCCUAACCAACCCUCUGGUGCAGACCAAAUUUGGCGGGACGGUGAUGGGUGAGUCGGCCAUGGUCAACACCAGUGACGUGGGCAGUCUGGUGGAGUUCACCUUCAACGUGAACAUGAGGGGUCAGCCACUGGGGGACCUGGGCACCCUAGCUGUGGAGUUUGAGUGGCCUGUGGAGGUUUCCAAUGGGAAGUGGCUGCUGUACCUGACCAAGAUCGUGGUGGUGACCGAAUCUGAGAGUGAAUGUAACCCACCCGGAGAGAUCGUCAACCUCCUGAACUUAACACUGUCCCAGGGCGGCUCGAGACGUGUGAGGCGGCAGAUCAGAGUGGACGAGCAAGAAGAUGCGACUCCGCCUCAAAUUAUUGAACCACAGCCUAAGAUCAAACUGCUUGGGCCACGGAAAAUAGCUCACUUCUUGGAAUGCUCUAAGGGAACAGCACGAUGUGUUACCUUCUCAUGUCCACUGCUCAACAUGACAAACACAGCAAAGAUAUACGUCCGCUCACGUUUGUGGAACAGCACCAUGUUGGAGGACUUUCCUGAUGCACAGUGGGUAAAGGUCAUAGGUCAAGCCACUCUGAGGCUAAUUACUGGCAAACGAACCAUCAAGAUGGACAGCCAGAUUGCCAAGUUCACUGUGGACAUCGAGCCCGAGGACAGAGUGGAGACACCGUACGAGCUCCCGCUCUGGAUCAUCAUCUCCGCAGCUGUAGCUGGAAUUCUGCUGCUGGGGAUCAUCAUUCUGAUACUCUGGAAGUGCGGCUUCUUCCAGAGAGCCAGCAGGCGGGAGAUGUAUGAGGCCAAGGCCCAGAAAGCCGAGAUGAAGAUCCAGCCCUCUGAGACAGAGCGGCUGACUGAGGACUACUGAGACCCCAGAGGGUCCCCCUUGUAGUGGGGACCCGGCAGCACGCACCAGUGGGGCUUUUGGCUUGGAUUCUUCAAGCGAGCCAUCUACUACCGGAUAAUGCCAAAGCAUCAUGGGGUUAAGAUCGGAAAGGCUGAGCGCUAUCAGCUCAACGCAGCGUUUCAGCCCGACGAUCCGCAGAAAAAAUACUGGAUGACCAGCUGGACUGAGCUGCAGGGCUACUGGUACUGACCUGGACUGACCCGUGCCACUCUCUGGGCUUGGACUCUACGGUGCCUGUGGUUUGUCGGUGCAAUAUACUGGACACGAUUGUAAUUGUAAUAGUUUUACUGAAUGCAGUGUUGUACAUUUAUUGUGGGGAUUUGCAUUCAAGAGUGAAUCUUUGCGACUGAGGUUGUAACAAACCUGAUUGUGUUUCUGCUCUGACCUCGGUCGUCAAUGUGGAAUCUGAAUGGACCAAAGUGGGCAAGACAUGUCCCGACUCUAAAACUACGUUUCCUUUGGCCUUUUAAUUAAGAGCACAGUCUACAGCACAGGCAACCAAACUGUUGCUGAAAGGGCAGCAGUGGGGUUUUGUUCCAACCCAUCAAGCACACACAGUUUAAAGGCCCAUUCGUGCUCAAUGUUACGCACGGUUCUGGGUACAGACGGAGCCUUCUGUCCGUGCUCUACGUUCAUUUCACCUCUAUUUCUGCACUUUCGGCAAAGCUUAUGGAUACAGACCAAACGGAGCAGUACCACCUGAAAACCAUGGGGGCAGUGUCGCUGCUACUUCUAGAUGUGUAGCUCUAAUGAGACAUGAAGAAGACAAUAACAAUGGCGGAAAUUCUCCGUCCUCCAGUCAUGAUAUAUUUAAUGGCCUCCACCACCGCCCACCUCCUCCUGCAACGCUGCCUCUGCUUCACCCUUUGUGCAACACCUACAUUAUCAAUACUUCUUCCACAGUUGCCAUGUUUCAGAGUUGGUUGUUGUCGUACACUUUGGACUCUGAGCUGCUCACCCUGGUGAAUAUAUUGGUGAACUGCAAUACAGACGCUGCGCGUGCUGGUUAGAUUGGAACAAGAGGCUGCACCCAUUGUGGCCCGUUCAGGAACAGUUUGGUGACCCCUGGUCUACAGUGCGGGAAGAGAUUUUUUCUCGACGUAUUUGACAUCUGUACAGUCUAGGUUUUGCGAAGAAACUUGUGUUUGGCAACAUUUUUUUUCAAAAUCAAUUCAUUAAUACUUUGUCCAAAUUAAACAAGACUCAAGAGAAAGUUGAGGAAAAGAUUGGGAGCAGGUACAACCUGGCCUCACCUGCGGCAUCUCAGUGUGACCAAAUGGGGUUUUUGUGUUGAAAACCAAGUCAAACAUAAAUCUCUUAUUUACUGUUGGAUAAUUGGUAUUUAUUAUUUUGUCUUUUUCAGGUUUGAUCUUAAAUUGUCUUUUUAGAUAAUUAAAAAAAGUUUGAAUUUAAAAAAAAAUCUGUAAAUGAUUUUUAAUGAUCUUUUUUAAAUGUUUCUGCAUCUUUUAGAGCAGUGGCUCACAGACUCUCCCUGAAGCAGCCAAACAGAAGCCGUUGUCAUUGUGUACGUGCAUCGUAAAAAUGGUACUUGAAACACCCACUGAGAGACAUUUUCUUGGCUGAGGUACAGAGGGAAAUUCGACAAAAUGUUGCGACACAAGUGUUGAUGUGAUCUCUUGCUAACUAUUUAUUUGAAAUGUUGCGUAAUGAGUCACAACACUGGAUUCAAUAAAGCCUUGUGUGUGCCUGGAGAUGUUUUGGCUCUCCAGCUUAUGAAUUGUAAAUAGAACCGUUUUUUUUUUAAGUAUGAAUGUGUGUACUUGCAGAAGCUGGUGUAUUUUUAUAUGAGACCACAUGCUGCAGCUGAGGUCAACAUGCAGCACAGCAGCACCAACACAACAUAUUUCAGCUCCUUCUUGAAUGCUCACCGUGCAUGGACAUUAGAAUGGAGCCAUUGACCAGCACAGACAAGGUGUUGUGCGGUUUUCAUGUCAAUAAAAUGUU